AUGCACGACUUCUGCUUCACCAUCCCCUACGGGUUCGCCGUGCUGGCCGGCGGCGUGCUGGGCUACCUCCGCCGCGGCAGCACCGCCUCCCUGGCGGGGGGCGCCGGCGCCGGCGCGCUCCUCCUCCUCGCGGGCUUCGUCAGCCUCAAGGCCUUCGAGAAGCGCCGCAACUCCUACGUCGCCCUCGCGCUCGAGACGCUUUGUGCAUUAGCCUUAACUUACGUUAUGGGGCAAAGAUUCCUUGAGACUUCGAAGAUUAUGCCAGCUGGUGUCGUCGCUGGUCUCAGUGCCGUGAUGUCCGCGUUUUAUCUGUUCAAAAUUGCAACCGGCGGCAACCACAUCCCACCAAAGAAAGAGUAA